AUGUUGUCUAUAUUCUUGCUCCUCACAACACUUCUUACUGCGUCUACCUUGACUGUAGCUCAAUAUGUGCUCCGCAUUAAUUGUGGGAGAAAUUGCGUCAAUGUCAGUGUGAUCGAUAGUACAGCAAAGCUGGCCGCGCCCAUGAAACACAUGGUGCAGCCCCCCAUCAAAGGCCAUGAUACCCUGGAAUGUCCGUCAUUUUCGUUUCUCAUUCAACAUCCGACUGGACGGAGGCCUCUGUUCGACCUAGGUACUCGGAAGGAUUGGAGAAAAUUUCCACCCUCCGUUCGUGGGCUUCUUGAGCAGUACUCGUUUGGCAUCGAGGUCGAUAAAAAUGUCAACGAGAUUCUAGAGGACCACGGAAUCGAUGUUGCUGGAGGAGCAUUCGAAGCCAUCAUCUGGAGCCACUGGCGCUACGAUCACAUAGGAGAUGUCAGCGCAUUUCCCUCUUCUACGGCUUUAGUGGUUGGCCCUGGCUUCGUCGAAACGUUCACGCCUGGAUACCCCAGUCGAGCGGAUGCUUUUGUCCUGGAAUCAGACUACGAGGGCCGUCAUUUGCACGAGCUCUCGUUCGAUUCUGAUUCUCAAUUGAUUAUAGGUGGUUACCGCGCCGAACACUACUUUGGAGAUGGUAGCUUCUACUUUCUUGAUACUCCUGGACACGCUAUUGGGCACGUCUGUGGGCUAGCAAGAGUGGCUCCGGAUACCACAGAGGAGAAUUCGACAUUCGUCUUCAUGGGCGGUGACGCCUGUCACCAUGGUGGAGAAUUCAGACCUUCACAAUAUCUGCCACUGCCGAAAGCAAUUUCCUUCCCCAAAUCUCGAGGCAUCAGCACUACAUGUCUCGGAGAGUUCCUGGUAGAACUACACCGCAGGGACAGCGCGGUGACUCCUUUCUACGAAAUGGCGGAGAGCGCGGUACAUGAUCGUGCCGAGGCCCGGCAGGCAAUAAGCAAUAUGCAAGCAUUCGAUGCUGAUAGCAACGUAUCUGUUGUGAUCUCACAUGACGCGACACUAUUUGAAAUGGGAAUGAACGUCUUUCCAGACACUCUCAAUGCUUGGAAGCAGGAAGAUUAUGCUCGACGUGGAAGAUGGAUUUUCCUCAGCGACUUUUGUAGUAGCCCUAGAUUACUAGCAGGCAAGCCAAGGCGACUAACUUGUCACAUGUAG